CCGUCCCGGGGGUGGGGGAGCCGCGGCCGCUGGCGCCUGCUCCGUCCCCUCCCACUCGCACGGCCCCUUCCUCCCUCCUCUCUCGGCCGCUCGCAUUUCCUGCCGCUCUGGCUCUCCCGGCCCCUGAAAGUUCGUCCCAACUUUUUCUCCCCCGGCCGGGCGCGGCGGGCGCAGUCCGGGGGCAGGUUGCUGCGCUCCUCCUCGCUCCGUCGCCUGCCCUCCCGGCGCUGGUCUUCGGGGAGCGGCCGCCACUCAGUGGCCCCUGUCGGUCCUUCCCCUCCCACCUCGCCCAUCCUCCCGGUCCCAGCCUCCCUCUGGCGGGACAGACCCGAGCCUGGGUGGUUCUCCUUUUCCCCUUCUCCGAGCGCCCCCGCGCCAACUCUCGCGCCGGGAUCGCGGCGGAAACCUCCCUCCUCUUUCGCCUCCUUCGGCUCCUUCCCUCCGCCCCUCCACCGCCAGCCACUGGAAUCAAUUCUUUGGGGGAAUUGGGGCUUCGCCGCUGCCGCCGCCGCGGAGGACAGCCUUUCCGCGCGGGACUCCGGGGCACCGAUAGGGCCAUGUAAGCAGCGACCCUCCAGAGCGCCACGCUGGGCAUGGACGCCUUUUCCCGCACUUGGAGGAGCACGGGUGCUAGUGUCAUCGCCCAGUCACAAAGCUGCUAAGGCCGUCUCAGGGGCGUGGGCGUCAGGACAGGAGGGCAGCAUCCGAGGGCCACAGAGCCAUGCCUUUCGGCCUGAAGCUCCGCCGGACCCGGCGCUACAACGUCCUGAGCAAGAACUGCUUUGUCACCCGCAUCCGCCUGUUGGACAGCAACGUUAUCGAGUGCACGCUGUCUGUGGAGAGCACGGGGCAGGAGUGCCUGGAGGCGGUGGCCCAGAGGCUGGAGCUGCGGGAGACACACUACUUUGGCCUUUGGUUUCUCAGCAAGAGCCAGCAAGCACGAUGGGUGGAGCUGGAGAAACCUCUGAAGAAACAUCUGGACAAAUUUGCUAAUGAGCCUCUGCUUUUCUUUGGAGUCAUGUUUUAUGUGCCAAACGUGUCGUGGCUUCAGCAAGAGGCCACAAGAUAUCAGUAUUACCUGCAAGUCAAAAAAGACGUGCUUGAAGGGCGGUUGCGAUGUACACUGGAGCAGGUGAUCCGGCUGGCGGGCUUAGCUGUGCAAGCUGAUUUUGGAGACUAUAAUCAGUUUGACUCUCAGGAUUUCCUCAGAGAAUAUGUGCUAUUUCCAAUGGAUUUGGCCCUGGAAGAAGCUGUUCUGGAGGAGCUGACACAGAAGGUGGCCCAGGAACACAAAGCCCACAGUGGAAUCCUGCCAGCAGAAGCUGAGCUUAUGUACAUCAAUGAGGUGGAACGUUUGGAUGGCUUCGGACAGGAAAUCUUCCCUGUGAAGGACAAUCAUGGAAACAGUGUGCACCUGGGCAUUUUCUUUAUGGGGAUUUUCGUGAGAAACAGAAUUGGAAGACAAGCAGUAAUAUACAGGUGGAAUGACAUGGGGAAUAUCACUCACAACAAGUCAACUAUCCUGGUGGAGCUCAUCAGCAAAGAGGAGACUGCCCUCUUUCACACGGAUGAUAUCGAAAAUGCCAAGUAUAUAUCUCGAUUGUUUGCUACACGGCACAAGUUUUACAAACAAAACAAAAUCUGCACUGAACAAUCAAAUUCUCCACCCCCUAUCAGACGCCAGCCCACCUGGAGCCGGUCCUCCCUGCCCCGGCAACAACCGUACAUCUUGCCUCCCAUGCACGUCCAGUGUGGCGAACACUACUCGGAAACACACACUUCUCAAGACAGCAUCUUCCAUGGGAAUGAAGAAGCCUUGUAUUGCAACUCGCACAACAGCCUGGACUUAAGUUAUAUAAAUGGCACCGUCACCAAUGGCAGUGUGUGUAGCAUUCACAGCGUCAACUCCCUCAGUUGCUCCCAAAGCUUCAUCCAGGCUUCUCCCGUGUCCUCCAACCUCAGCAUCCCUGGGAGUGACAUCAUGCGGGCUGACUACAUCCCGAGCCACCGGCACAGCGCCAUCAUCGUGCCGUCCUACCGGCCGACCCCCGAUUAUGAGACAGUCAUGCGGCAGAUGAAGAGGGGGGUCGUUCACACGGACAGCCAGAGCCAGUCCCUGCGAAACCUCAACAUCAUCAACACCCACGCCUACAACCAGCCAGAGGAUCUGGUGUACAGCCAGCCCGAGAUGCGGGAGAGGCACCCCUACACUGUCCCUUAUGGGCCCCAGGGGGGCUACGGUAACAAACUGGUCAGUCCAUCGGACCAGAUCAACCCAAAGAAUACCACGGUGCCAAGCAAGCCCGGGGCAAGCGCCAUCUCACACACGGUGAGCACCCCGGAGUUGGCCAACAUGCAGCUCCAGGGCACCUAUAACUACAACACGGCCCACAUGCUCAAAAACUAUCUCUUCCGGCCACCACCCCCGUACCCACGGCCCCGCCCUGCCACCAGCACCCCGGACCUCGCCAGCCACCGCCACAAGUACGUCAGCGGCAGUAGCCCCGACUUGGUGACUCGCAAAGUGCAGCUGUCCGUGAAGACCUUCCAGGAGGACAGCUCCCCGGUGGUGCAUCAGUCUCUCCAGGAGGUGAGCGAGCCCCUCACAGCCACCAAGCACCACGGCACGGUGCACAAGCGCCACAGCCUGGAGGUGAUGAGCAGCAUGGUGCGGGGCAUGGAAGCCAUGACCUUGAAGUCACUCAACAUCCCCAUGGCCCGCCGCAACACUCUACGAGAGCCGGGGCCGCCUGAGGAGGUGCCGGGGAGCCACGAGGUCCCCCAGCUUCCCGAGUAUCACCACAGGAAGACUUUCUCAGAUGCCACGAUGCUGAUCCACAGCAGUGAGAGCGAGGAGGAAGAGGAGGAGGCCCCGGACCCAGUGCCCCAGGUCCCCGCGCUCCGCGAGAAGAUGGAGUACAGCGCCCAGCUACAAGCCGCCUUAGCCCGCAUUCCAAACAAGCCCCCCCCGGAGUACCCCGGACCCAGGAAAAGUGUGAGCAACGGGGCACUGGGGCAAGACCAGGUGUGCCUUCCUCCCGCCAUCGCCAGGGCCAGGGUCCUGAGGCAGGGGCCAGCCAAGGCCAUCAGUAUCUCCCGGGCUGACCAGAUGGCCAUCAACGGGUCCUCUCUUGGUCCAUCCAUCUCAGAGCCCGACCUGACAAGUGUGAAGGAGCGGGUCAAGAAAGAGCCUGUGAAGGAGAGACCUGUGUCUGAAAUGUUCUCCCUGGAGGACAGCAUUAUAGAAAGAGAGAUGAUGAUCCGGAAUCUAGAGAAGCAGAAGAUGGCAGGCCUGGAGGCACAGAAGAGGCCACUGAUGUUGGCAGCCUUGAACGGACUCUCGGUUGCUCGGGGCUCGGGGCGGGAAGAAAGUCGCGUUGAUGCCACCCGAGUUCCCAUGGAUGAGAGGUUCAGAACCCUGAAGAAGAAGCUCGAAGAGGGAAUGGUGUUCACAGAAUAUGAGCAGAUUCCAAAGAAAAAGGCAAAUGGCGUUUUCAGCACAGCAGCUCUGCCAGAAAAUGCUGAGCGCAGCCGUAUCCGGGAGGUUGUCCCCUAUGAGGAGAACCGCGUAGAGCUCAUACCGACCAAAGAAAAUAACACAGGCUACAUUAACGCCUCCCACAUCAAGGUGGUGGUUGGUGGGGCAGAAUGGCACUAUAUCGCCACUCAGGGGCCUCUGCCGCACACAUGCCAUGACUUCUGGCAGAUGGUGUGGGAGCAGGGAGCGAAUGUGAUCGCCAUGGUCACCGCAGAGGAGGAAGGCGGACGAACCAAGAGCCACCGAUACUGGCCCAAACUGGGUUCCAAGCACAGCUCAGCCACCUAUGGCAAGUUCAAGGUCACCACAAAGUUCCGAACAGAUUCUGGUUGCUAUGCAACCACAGGCUUAAAGGUCAAGCACCUUUUGUCCGGGCAGGAAAGGACAGUGUGGCAUUUGCAAUAUACUGAUUGGCCAGAUCACGGCUGCCCAGAGGAUGUCCAAGGAUUUUUGUCCUACUUGGAGGAGAUCCAGUCGGUCCGUCGCCAUACCAACAGCAUGCUGGAAAGCACCAAGAACCAGCACCCCCCGAUAGUGGUCCACUGCAGUGCUGGGGUGGGAAGGACCGGCGUGGUCAUCCUUUCUGAGCUGAUGAUCUACUGCCUGGAGCAUAAUGAAAAGGUGGAAGUACCCAUGAUGCUGAGGCUCCUCAGGGAGCAAAGGAUGUUCAUGAUCCAGACCAUCGCUCAGUACAAGUUUGUCUACCAGGUCCUCAUCCAGUUCCUCCAAAACUCCAGACUCAUUUAACCCCCCGCUUCAGCUCCUGGAAGAGGCACUCAGCUCCAUCUUACAGAUGGGGAAGCACCUCCAGACAACAUCUGCUCCCCCAGCAGGGUGCGGAUGGCCGGAGCAGGCAGGUCACGGGCUCCCUGAAGACAGGAGCCAAGAUCAUUCACAAACAUCAUGUAUUAUUUUAUAUGAGAUAAUUUAUUUUUCCCCCCUUUGGAAUAACUUUUGUGAAUCAUCGUAAUGCAGUUUUCACAAUAAUAUAGUACUUUUCAUCUGAACCACAUUUUGACUGAUCUGCAUUGUAAUAGGUCAGUAGGGAGGGUUGCCUGGUGGAUUAUUUGGGGGACAGAGGCAUAAGGGAACACAUCUCUAGUGAAGUUGCAGCCAGAUUUGUAACCAGCCCUGAAAUUUGUCGGCCUAAUUGCUCACGUCCAAAUCAAAGAUGGCAAGAAAAUGAGUUCAUCCUAAAAUAUAAAGAUAAGGGCUAAGACCCUUUCCUGAAGGAGAAGAACAACACUCUUUUCUUAUAUUUGGGGGCUCCUGCGGCUUGAUGGGCAGUUCCUUCCCUUUCCCUUUUUUGCCCUCUCCCUCAGUAGUCUCUUUUUUCCUCCCAGGCUUGAGUUAAAGACAGGAACAGCUAGAGGAAAUGCUCCCUUUCCAAUGCAGCGAUUGCCAUUGCCCGGGAAGAAUGAGGACUCUGUGUUGUAUCUUUCUCAACCACUCCUUAUUCUAGGCUCCGGAGCCUGUUCCCCUGCUGGAGACUGCACCCUUGAUAUUUGCUGCUUCUCCCUGUUGGCUCAGUGGACCCUAGUCUGGUGGCCUUCGAGGCCCUGGGCCAGACCGUCUGUGCAGCUAGGCUUCUUGCCUGAUUGAGAGAAGAUAACAGACCAGUGUGGAAGAGAGAGGAGACGGGGGAUCUGAAGGUCAAGGUGCUGGGUGGCAUGGAAAGGUUAUAAAGGGAAAGGUUGGGAAAGCUGAUGUAUGGGGGCUCUUCGGCACUCAGGUGGCAGGGGCCCUGCCAGGAGCCACCCCAAGUGUUAUCCCCACUGUGCUGCUAGCAUCUCCAGCCUUUGGCCUGCAGGAGCAGAACUAAGCCCACCCAGGACCUUGCAGUCCAAAUCUUGGCCCACCUGCUGAAAGAUGGUAAGAUUUGUGCUGCUUUCCUUUUCUCCAUACAGCCCACUCUGGUCAGUUGUGGUAUUAACCCUACCCUCAGUUUGAAGCUCAGUCCUUAGUUCGUCUCCUUCUGUGCCUUCGUUGGUCACUGUCCUUCUGAAUUUUGUAGGUUAGUACAUAAUAAAUCAUGUUCUGCACAUUUUCCCUCUUGCUGACUUCUGGGGAAUUUUUCCCUCUACUGUCUAGUUUUUCUUGAUGCAAAUUUUAAUUGUGGCUUUGUUCUUAAAAUUGACUUUUGCGGGUGUUCCAUGAUGCCUUCUUCCACUGCUCCCUUUUUUUUUUUUUCCUCCUGAGGUGCAAAUGCAAAGAAAGAAUGGCAUCCAAUCGACCAGAAAGAGUGCGUCUUUGUGGCUUCCGGUCACCACAACAGGCAGGUGUGGAAGCAGAUUCCUGAUGAACUACUUUGGAGUUUGAAUCAACUUGGUUUCACAUCUGGCCAGGUGUUAUAGUGGUGGUUCUCUGUAUUUGGACUCAGUAUCUGGCGAUGGAGGGCCUCCUACCUUCUCUUCCAAGGUCUAAAGAAUCAGUCAAGGAGUAGAACUUCAGCUGAGCGCCAUAGAUUCUGGAAUUUUGCUGUGUGAUCUGAAAAAGAAAACCACUAGUGUGAUGUGUAUUUUCAGUGGAUCAGAGCUCGUAACCCUCACUAGGAGACACUCAGAAAUGGAUCAUCAGCAAGCAAAGAGGUAUUGUUUCCUUUUCCUUAGGGACUAUCUAUCCUUGGGAUACUCUGCUGUUAGGGAUGUUUUAACAGUUGGUCUGUCGUUACUGGUUUAUUGUUUGAGGAACCACAUCGGUAUUUCUCUUUCGUCUCUCAGGCCCCAAUGUGGGCAGUGUUAAAAUGUCUCGUGUGGGCAGCGUGUAGAUCUGCUGUCUCUGAGCUCAUCACUCACGGCCCUCCUUUCAACUCAUCCACUGUUGCCACUUGGUGCUCUGGGAAUAUUCAUGAACGCACAAAAUGCACAGAAGUAGGUUCAGUAUCUAAUUUCCUAGCCAAAGUUUGUAUUGAAACUCAAAGGAAAACAUUUAAAAGUGAUUCCCCAUGUUUUGUAUUUAAAAACAAAUGCUUUUGGCCCUUGAGCCCAUUUUGCCUUCCUUUUCACAUCUCCAGUAAAUGCCAACCUAUCUCCUGUUAAAUUAGCAGCAGCCAUUUGAAGUCCUGUCAGUGGCAUCUGCAUAAUAAUUGCCCAGAGAUGCUUUAUAUCUGGGAAGCAAGCCAAGGAAUAAACCUUGAAGCAAAGUGUAUUAAAUUAGUUAUCUAGUUAGAGCUUUUGGAGUGAGUUCCUGACCAUGUAUCAAGUCUGAAGCUGGAGCUAUCGGGGUCUGUUGCUGCAGUUUCGACUUGAAGGGAGAAAAUCAGAAAUGGAGGGGAAAAAAAAAAGAUAACAUCUUACAACAAAGCCAUCCAACACUUUCAGGCCUCUGGUUUUGAAGUUUUUCCAGUGGAAAUGUUUUGUUUCUUUCAUCCACUCCCAUUUGGAUAUAUUGACCCAGUGUUCAUCCUUGUUUACUGGGGUCCCUGAACCAGGGGGGCUGAGUUUGACAUCUUCAUCCUUGAGCUGAGCUGAGCCUGCUUGAAAAGCCGAACCGUAUCCUGUUGUGCUUUACUGGCUUCCUUGGGCUUUAAGGGGACACCACCUUUUGGUCUCAUUUACAUUUAUACACCACUUUCCCUGGAUAGGAAGUAAAGGAGGAUUUGGCAGCUUUAGGCAGGGAUGUCAGACGUGGUAUGUUCUGAGUAAUAAACUUCCGAGAACCCUAACUAGAGAGAAUUUUACUUCUACAACUUUUGUGGUCCUAGAUUGAGAAGAACUAUUUUUGGACUGUAAUUAGUCAGUUAUUGUUUGCCUCCGAGUCCCACGGCCAUCUCUGGCCCCUCCCCCCGUCGGCCUGGAGAGGGUCUUGGUGGGCUCCGCUGGGUGACAUCCUGUGGGCCUUGCCCACUGGCUUGCCCAGGACUCACUUAACCUUUAUCCUGCCUACACUCAGCUUCUGUAGUUCUGUUAGAAACACCAGUGGGUACAGUAAAUCAGCACUUUUAUCCAACUGCCUACCUUUCUUAUCUUUUCCAGCUUAAUAUAGGUUGACCCUUAUGAAAUUUCCAAUAUUUGGAUCAUAUUUUACUUAGAAGAACAGAAAGUUCACAUGGAUCAACCUAACAGUUUGUUUCUCCUCCCCGAUUAGUAUGGAUCCCAGUGCACCAUGUCAUUUCUCAAGUGCUAAUGAACACGAAAGCAUGUACAGUGGGCAGCUUGGCUCUUUUUGUGAACUCAUUGCCUUGCUACGGCAACCCUUGCCUCACUUGAGUGGGCCAUCUCCUGGGGCUUGGAGUCACUCUUUGCAGGGUGUGCUUUGGAUUCUCAUAGGCAGGGUUGGCCAUCAGGCACAUGACUAUGGGGUUUUCAGCUGCCAUCCUUUCUUGAUGUACCGUCUGUAUUAGCUGACCUCGGCCCAGUGGUUAUGGAACACAAUAUGUGGGCCCGAGGUGUCCAGAGUCACAAAGCAGAAUGUGCUUUUGAAACUCUCUUCCCCACUUCCAGUGGUGCGUGGGAUGGAGAAAGUGGGUAUAGUUAUUGAUUUUCUUUGGGGGGUAGAUCUGUCAAUCACUUGAGGUCAGGGGGUGGGCAAAUGCAGGGACCUUCUAAGAUGUGUCCCAGGGAGCUUAGACUCAAGGGUUGGGGAUUGAGGCAGAGCCAUAUUAGUGUUAAUCUACCCUUCAUUCCUCCUUCGUGUCGGGAGUAACUGUCAGGAUCCCAGAGUAAGAAAUUUCCAGAAGCACCAAGUAAUUACUGUUGGGCUCUUAAGGUGGCUCUUUGUGGGAAUACAGUGUCCUCUUGUUUUACCAAAGAUACUUCUGCAACUGUUUUAUUUUAUUGCCUAUGGAUUUUAUCAGACACUCAUCAUGCUCUUACUUAGUGAUUUCUUUUUGUGAGCCAAGUAACAACUCAUUUAGCAAUGAUUCCAAAUGGAGAAAUUUGGGGUUUUCAUGGAGACUGCAAAAAUUUUCCAUUGGUCUAGAGCUUUACGGUGACAAAUUAGUUGGCCCUAUAGGGUUGAAAUAAUCCUACUCGGCCCUAUAGGGUGGAAAUCUCUAGGAUGUUAAAUUAUGUUUGAUACUUCCCGUGAACUCUGAGCAAGCAAGCACAGUGGUUCUUGUCUUUGCCUCAGCUUCUAAGACAUUUGGGGCAAAAGACCUUACUGAUGCAUCUAUUGAAAGUAACAGCAACAUGCCUGGGAGAAAUGGACAGGUAUAUCCAAUCAAAUUCUGCCAACUCAUAUGUGUUGCCCCCAAAAUUGCUGUUCUUCAUGGGGUCCUAAGAACUCGAUGGCCUGCUUGCCCAACACUCAACGUUUAUCCUGCCUGCUCUCAGCUUUUGCAUUUCUGUUAGAAACUCAGAUGCGUGAGUGUUUUUAUCCAACUUACUACCUUAUUUUUUUUCCAGCUUAAAAUAGCUAUGUCUUCUUCCUCAAGGCCAAACUAAAAGGUUCUCUAUUAAAUGUCCAUGAGCCUGGCACUGAAUAUCUGGCAUUAAUCGAUUUCACAGGACUGCAUAAUUUAUUGUUGCUUGGUGCAGUAGAAAGGAGGAUGUGCAUCAGUUCCUACUGUUUGGAGCUUUGAUCAGCCUUCUCAUUUAAAAAAUAAAUUCAAGGAACUUUUCGUUUUAAGACAGGAGGGCAAAAGCUGAUGGGCAGCCUGAACAUGAGAACGCAUCUAUCUAGAAAGUCACUGUUCCUUCUGCCAUUCUUUGGGCCAUCAAGAUCAUUCUUUCCGAAAAAUGCCAUAAGCUUGCCCAGAGAAGAGCUAUAAAUGGGAAGAGGAAGAGGAAGGCUUUUCAGACCAGCCUUGGAGUUUCUUUCAAAAAGUUCUUGAUUCACAAUUUUCUGAACUCGGGGAUGUCUCUCCUACUCCCUCCCUUUCUAUAAGGCCAGAGGGAUGGAGAUGAGGUGGUGAUCCUGGGAAAGACCACGCUGUAGUGGGGAGAUCUGUUUCACCCUCACACAGUUUUUUUUUUUUUUUUUUUUUUGGCUGCGUUGGGUCUUCGUUGCUGUGUGCAGACUUUCUCUAGUUGCGGUGAGCUGGGGCUACUGUUAGUUGCGUGCACAGGUUUCUCAUUGCGGUGGCUUCUCGUUGCAGAGCACGGGCUCUAGGCGCACGGGCUUCAGUAGUUGUGGCUCGCGGGCUCUAGAGCGCAGGCUUAGUAGUUGUGGUGCACAGGCUUAGUUGCCCCAUGGCAUAUGGGAUCUUCUUGGACCAGGGCUCGAAUCCAUGUCCCCUGCAUUGGCAGGUGGAUUCUCAACCAUGGCGCCACCAGGGAAGUCCGUACCCUCGCUCGUAGUUUUAAAUCGUGUCCUCACUGUUGCAGUGGAGCUUGACGAAUGUUCUGGAUUCUGAUGCCUGCCUAGAUUUGCUGCUCAGAAAGACCACCUCCCCUCACUUGCUGGUGGCCCUCCCUUUCCUUGCAACCUUAUUAGCAGAAGAUUUGCUCAAACACACGGCUCUGGAGUUAGCUAUCACAGCUCCUGUGCAUCUUUUUUUUUUCGCAGUACGCGGGCCUCUCACUGUUGUGGCCUCUCCCGUUGCGGAGCACAGGCUCGGGACGCGCAGGCUCAGCAGCCAUGGCUCACGGGCCCAGCUGCUCCGCAGCAUGUGGGAUCUUCCCGGACCGGGGCACGAACCCGUGUCCCCUGCAUCGGCAGGUGGACUCUCAACCACUGCGCCACCAGGGAAGCCCCUCCUGUGCAUCUUGAUGCGCCUCUCCUCCGGCCCGGUGGUGCUGCAGAGCGGAUCCCCCUUCCCAGCACAUCGUGUUUCUAAUCAGGGCAUAAGAAGCAGGUAGACGUCAAUAUAUCAGUAGUAACGGCAGUUCGUUGUCUCACUUGAUGACACAGGUGGGACUGCUUUGUGAUGUCACCCUCUUCCAAGAGCACCCCAUUCACUUAGGGCUAUGCCGGCCUUUUCUUGUUUUUCAUUUGCUUUAUGGAUCAGCUCUCGACAGCACACCUCUUCUUUCCUUUCCCUACCCUUUUAGCAACCCCUACAAAGCAGCUGAAUCUAGUCAUAGGUAAUCACUCUUAAAUCUCUCCAAAUAAUGUAAUUCGAAAAUCUAAUUUUAAUCCUGAAAAGCCUAUAUAGUUUCAAAAAAUAAACUUUGGCAUUUAUGUAGUUUCAAGGAAUGAAAUCUGGCAAAGGGAAAUCACCAUAAUGAAAAUAACUAGGUGCUGUCGGCAACCAGGAAGCUGUCUUUACCCCUAUCUCCCCUUGGCGAUGGGCACUGUCAGUACUAGGAGUGGGAGACAAGCUGGAUCGAUGGUCCGUCCUGUUUAGGACAAAGGUUGCACCACUCCCUCAGGCUUCAAGGCGCACUGACAUGGAGCCACAGCGGCUGCGUUUGGCAUCAUGAUACGUGUAGUCGGAUUAAUUCGUUUCUAGCCUUCUCCAGCUGACUCUGUUCCCUUCACCGUCACCUCUACGCAGCCUGGCCAAUCUGGUGAAAUGGGUGCAGCUCUGGGCUCCGCAGGGACAUUUAUACGUUACCUUGUGAUCCGCUCUCCACUGUCUAGGGAGGGGCAGGACAUGCUAUUCAUCCAGUCUGCAAUGUGUCCUAUUUUUAAUUCCUCACCUCCUCCUUCAGGGAAACACAGAGGCUGCUUCACCUGACACAGGUUUUGGGAAAAAGCUGAAAACAUUAGAUUGGGGUCUUUUUGUGCCUUAGGGUGGAACUAGCUUGCUAACAUCUCAGGAACCCUGCUCUGCAUUGAGCUCAGCUGGCUCUCAGAGCAGAGGUGCUUGGUGUUCUCAGCAUUUCUCAGGGGGCCUCCCACCUCCCUGAACUGUGUGUAGUGUUAGCUAAUAAAUACCUUCAGCUUAGAACUGAGAGCUGUCAUUCAGAGCCAUUUUUUCCCCCAACUUGGAAUACCGUAAAAUGUUAUUGCAACUUCCUUUGACUGAACUUUCUUGCCAGUUUGAAAUCUUAACAAUCUAUUAACCUUAUCCUUUCAAAAGUAAGGUUCCUCUUCACCAGAGAUGCUUUCCUGUGUAUGUCCUUUGUUCCUUCAAUAGUCAGCUAACUUGCUUGAGGACAUGUAAAUGGGGAAAAAAAGGUUUACAUAUGCAGAUGACUAUUAGAUAACCUUAAGUAAUUUGUGUUACAUCAAGUAACAUGCUGAUCUAUUUUGUUUCACUGGACUAUUGUUGUGAGACUUAAUUCAGUAUUUUGAUGCUUUCCUUGGUCUGUGUUUUAUAAAAUGUUGUGAAUUGUUUUAUCAUUCAAACCAACUGACAUUUAAUAGGUCUCAUUUCGAACGUACAGACAAGUCCCUCAUGUAGAAACCAGUUUGUUCUUAAGGGUCUUAGGUCAGCCCACAGAAGCCUUCUGAUGUCCAACAACACGGCUGAAGAGCAGGGCGGUGUCAGCCAGAUCUGGCUGGCAUGGGCUGACCUGGACAUUUAACCACCUAUCAUAUUGUUGCUGUGAGAAAUGCAUUCCAGAUAGGGGCUUGGGAUCCUGAUAACACAUUCUUCUCCCCGUGGUGGGCACUUGCUACCUUGCAAGAUGGAGGCCCAGUCUCUUCACUACAAACUAAUUGUAAGGGGAGAGAGGGAGUGAGACAUUUAUAGGACGUUCCCUAAGUUGGGGAGUGAUUGAUUAAUAUUCACAUGUCAACUUUACUUUGGUAUAGACUCCCUCUCAAUUUAAUAAUAUUAAAAGCCUUAAAUGAAAUUAUGCAUGCUAUUCUAUGUGCUUUUUUAUAUCAGUAAAUAAGCUUUUGCUUGCCAGUUUUAUACACAAUUAAGAGGUGUAUGAAACUGACUUUUGACAGUAUUUUUGCACUGUUUCCUAUCUGUUUUUAUAAAGUCUUUAGCUAUUGGUCCUAGUUGUGUAUUGUUUAUGUUCUCACUGCCCUUGUUAUUAAAAUGUUUCAUAUGUGCCUUUACAAAUGUGAGAUCUUUAUUCUAACCUUUUUUGUAAAAGAUAUC